CUGUGUGUUUGUUUGUUUGGCCUUCAUAAAGAUGGCGGCAACAGCCGCGAUAGCCGCACGCGAAAAGCAGCUAAAGAAACUUCGAAACUUUGUGGACAAGACGGGAAAGCAGCUAGAUUCCAUCUUGGGAAGCUUAAAAUGGACCAAGGAACGAAUCCUCGAGAAAAAGGGCUACGUUAUCUGCCCAUUUGACCCGGGACACAAGAUGCCGGCAUCAUCUUUGGACAAACACUUGGAGCUGUGCUCAUGGUUGAAGGAGGGUUACACGAGAGCUGAAAAGGUGCGUGAAAGAAGACUGAGAUCUUGUUCUUUAUUUUCUGUGCUCCCGCUAAUUUGUUGUUGCAUUCAGGAGGAAGCACCGCCAAGUUCGCAUUUCUUCUACGCCAAUUCGACGUCGGUAGUCCCUGUGCUCAUCGGUAUGAGAGCCGACCUUGGCCGUGUGCCCGCAGUUUUUAGUCUCCUUCGAAACACUUUCUUUAAACCUUCUUUUCUUUCAAAUGCAGACAGAGAAACGCAGCAAAAGGUCAUAACUGAAGCUGCAUUCAGAGGGGAAGUUGCAGCGGAGGCAUGCCAGAAGGUGAAGAAUGUACCGUUGACGAUGGCUCGCUGCAUUGUGGAACUGAGUCCGGCGGAGCGGUUUGCGAUCUACGACUACACGGUGGCACGUGCCAAGGCUGCAAACAAGACACCCUCCAUCAAGCUUGCAGACCUCCAGAUCAACUUUGAGAAGAAGGACAAUGACCAAGAACAUCCACCGAGCGAACUUGAGAUCAAGUCAAAGAUGCGAGACUACAAGCGCCGACGCCAGUCCUAUCGAGCCAAAAAUGUGCACAUUACUCGCAAGUCCUACACAGAGGUUCUCAGGGAGGUGAUCGAAAACCAGGCUGACUACCUUAGGCACAUGCUGAAGGAAGACGAUGAAAGCAUUGCCGUAUCAGAAAGACCGACAAGAGUAAGUGGCAGCAGUAGAACGGAGUCGCAAGCUCCGCCAAGCUCCGUGAGAGAGGCACGGGAAGCCUCGGUUGCUUCGAGCAAACGCAGGCGAUCUCUCACUCCUGAGCCCAGGAAAACGGCCCGAGAGAAGACACACCAUGCUUCGGACACCAGCAGUAGGCACAGGUCGUCCAAUGGUCACGAACACCGGAAGCAUCGUCACCACCAUCAUAAGGGCAAGCACAAGCAUAAGCACAAGUCCAAGAGGAGCCCAGGUUCAGAAGACUGAUCAUAUUGGGUCAAGAAUGGUUUUGAUGAAGAAGCUUGCUGGAAAUAAAAUUGUACUUUUGAUUAAAUCUGUUUUGUAUGUUGA